CCAUGGCCAAAUUCGUGCUUGCGGGUAGAGCAGAUUGCCCAUAUUAUGCUAAAGCAGAACUUCUGGCAGACUAUUUACAAGAGAAUCUUCCUGAUUUUCGGAUAUAUAAAAUUACACAACAUCCUCAUGAUUGGGAGGAGUGGCUGAAAGAUUUGUGUGAAAAGAAUAAGUGGAGCCACAAAAAUUCCCCUAUCAUCUGGAGGGAGCUGUUGGAUCGUGGCGGAAAGGGAAUGCUUUUGGGAGGGUAUAAUGAUUUUCUGGAACACGCCCAGCUUUACUAUGGUGUCACUUCUAGCAUGAGGACUGACUUGAUGAAGGCAAUUGCUCAAGAGAACAUGGGGACACACAUAGAAAAUGAGCUGAAGAAAGAAGCCCUGAAAGACCUCAUCGACCCCUUGCAGGUCUGGAUCACCAGCGCGUCCGCCCCGGCCUGCUGCAGCCUCAUUCCGCUCCUGACCAGCGGCGAGGUGUUCGGGAGGCGCACGGAAAUCAGCCUGAGUCUAUUCGACAGCAAGGAGGCCGAAGAAACCCUCCGAUCCCUCGCCACCGAGACGCUGAACCUGGUGUCGCCCGUCCUGCGCGGCGUGUCCGUCUGCACGCGCGUGGAGGAGGCCUUCUGCCAGGCGCGCGUGGUGGUGGUGCUGGACGACCCCACGGACGAGGAGGUGUACUCGCUGGAGGACUGCCUGCGCAGCAGGGUGCCCCUGUGCCGGCUCUACGGCUACCUGCUGGAGCGCAACGCGCACCCCUGCGUCAGGGUCGUCGUGGGCGGCAAGACCUUCGUCAACCUGAAGGCGGCGCUGCUGGCGAGAUACGCCCCGGCCGUGGCGCGCAACAUCGUGGCCGUGGCGCUGGGGGUGGAAGGGCAGGCCAAAGCCGUGCUGGCCAGGAAGCUGAGGACCACCUCCUCGUGCAUCAAAGAUGUGAUAAUUUGGGGUAAUAUUAGUGGAAAUAGCUACGUUGACCUAAGAAAAGCCAAGAUUUACAGAUAUGAGAGUGCUAUUUGGGGACCUCCUGACUUUUCUCGCCCUGUUUUAAGCUUGGUUUUUGAUAGUGAGUGGAUUAACAAAGAAUUUGUGGAAAGUCUUAAAGAGUUGACUGCCACAGGAAAACAAUUUGGAGGCAUGCUGGCUGCACACAGUAUAGCCACUACAUUGAGAUACUGGUACCAUGGCUCGCCGCCUGGGGAGAUUGUGUCCUUAGGAGUGCUGAGUGAAGGCCAGUUUGGUAUUCCUGAAGGAAUCGUCUUUUCUAUGCCUGUGAAAUUUGAGAAUGGAACUUGGGUGGCCCUCACAGAUCUUGAAGAUACUGAAAUAACGGAGCACCUGAUGACCAGAAUGACAAGUGAUCUAAUUCAGGAGAAGCUUGUUGCACUUGGAGAUUUGAUAAAUUUUCAGCCACGUCAAUCAGUUUCAGAACAUAAAGCUGACACUCAGGAUCUAACCCAAGAGGAAGAAAAAGGUCCGGCUCCGCCAGACGUGGAUUAUUCAGAUCUGACUCCUAAAACCGACUCUGAAAAACCACUCAGUGAAGAACCCAUACAUGACUCUGAAGGUAAAACUGUGGAACAGUAAUGGAUCCAAUUAGACCAACUAUAAAAGUACUUGGUUAUUGUACUAAAUAUGGAAGGACCCAUGGUGUCAGUACUUGUGGAAGAAUAAUUUGAAAGAUUUACUUCAGUCUUAGAUCAUUUUAAGCUAGCCAAUUAAAUAACAGUUGAGCACACACGAAAAAGUCAGAGUUCAGUUAUUCUGUGUAUCCACUCAUAUGCCUGCUUAUUAUCAAUUUCUCAUAAAUACUUUGGCGUCAGUUGUUACUUUCUGGACUAAAAUGAACCAGUUUGUCACUCUGUGCCCUUGCCUGUGCUUCCUUCAGAGAGCACCUGCUCCCGCCUGCAGCCGUACCUAAGGCGUGGGCCUGGGGGCCGUGUUCGCUCAGAUUUCCUUACCAUGUUGGCCUCAACUGAUUGGGGCAGGAUAGACAUACCUUACUCAGGGAGGACCGAUUAGAUCUUCUCUUGCUCUGUAAAAAAAUUGAACUGAGAAAAAUGGAUGAGUGAGUCGGUGUGUGAGCUAGAGAAGGCCACAGAGCUCUGCCUGUGAGCUCUUCAGAGCUGGCCAGGCUCGCCGCCUCCGUGAGACCUGGCGUGCAGUGGAUUUCCUUGGACUUGCUUGGUUUAAUUAUCUUUACAAUAAAUCACAGUGCUACUUUAGCUUACACUGAAUAGGUUUCUGUCUCGUGACACCAGAUGUGGCCUGAAUUUUGAAAGAAAAGGAUAAUAUUUUUACCGUAUAAUCACACGGUUUAGGUAAAAAUUACAGUCUUUUAUUAAAGCAGUAGUAGACCAAUAUGCUCAUGUAUUUUUAAGCAAAUAGGACCCUUUACAAAUGCCAGUUAGGAACUUUCAAAACCCCAGAGGUCUUGUUAAAAACUACUGACAUCUGUGCUUUCUCUGUAGUUUUAAAUACGUCUUAAGAUACACCUUUCUGAAAAUUCAGUGAAAUUUCAGAUGCUGCUACACAUUGCUUCUGACUCUCAUGAUUUAAAACCAUGACUAACUUUUGCUUGUUUUAAAAUCAGCACUUCAUUUGAUGUUAUUGUGAAGAAAUCUGAAUGUCUAUGUUAAGGACUUCGGGUGAGGUUUUGUGCCCUAAUCCUACUGUUUCCCCUACCUCUCCUGGGAACCUCGACCAACGGAGUGUGAGCACAAGAACAAGAACUGGGUGGGGCCCCGCCGGACGUGG